AUGAACACGUCCGACUCAUCGGCGCCUCCUCCGACAGGCCCCAGCAGCUCUGGAGCCAAAAAUACACCAUCGUCACGAUCGCCCACCAAUACAGAUUCAGGCCUGUCAUCCUCCUUUGGCAGCAGCCGAUCCCAUACGAGCUCCUUCUCCCGAAACCAUGUGUCACACUCAACCGCACCCCAGACCUCAUCUCACACCGAGUCCACUCCGAUCAACACAGCCGACCCCACCAGACGCAAUUACCAGACGACAGAGCAAUCAGUAAGCUCCCAGUUAAAAGAUGGUCCAAAUAAUACAAGCCCCGGGAAUGGAAGCCGACCAUCCACUCAAGACUCGAGCGCCGCGUCGAAACAGUCCUGGUACGCCCGAUUCGCAGAUCGAUACGGCAGCCUCGAGCUAGAGAACAAGGGCAGCGUAGCACGCGAUCAUCUCGCACUAGAACGAACGUUCCUAGCAUGGAUGCGAACCUCACUAGCAUUCGCCUCAAUCGGCAUCGCAGUGACCCAAUUAUUUCGUCUGAACAGCGCCACCCCCCACACACAAUCCAACAGCUUCGGCGCAUCACAUAGCUCUCAUCCAGGCAUGCUCCCACCCGGACUCGAUCCAGCAUACGACUCAGCUGCGUUCCACACUUCCUCGGCAUCGGCGCGUCUCCGCAGCGUGGGUAAACCCCUCGGGUCGACGUUCAUUGGUGUCUCGAUUCUCAUCUUGGUCAUUGGUUUCCACCGCUACUUUGAGAGUCAGUAUUGGAUUAUUCGGGGCAAGUUCCCGGCUAGUCGAGGAAGUGUGGCGCUUACGGCGUUUGUGGCCGCUGCAUUGAUUAUUGCUGCUCUGGCGGUGAUUCUUGCUGUUUCGCCCGGUGCAGUUGAGAAUUAA